UAUUGUGUAUAUUAUUGUUAUUUUGUGAUACGAGAUUAUUAUGAACCCCAUUGCUACUCUUAUUUUAUAAACAAAUAUAUUGUAAAUUAUUCUUAAUCAAAACAAUUCAAUGGAUUCUAUUAUAAAAUUUGCAUCCGGUUUAUCCACCGUCGAAAAUUAUGCCCAUGAUGUUUAUAUCAAAUCAAAUCUGACCAUUGAACUAGAUAAAGUGAUCAAUCAAAUCAUGGAAGAAAAUCGAAACAUAAAUCAUCCAUCAGCUGAUGAUAUAAAUAUUGAAAAUAGAUAUAUAACCGAAACACCUACCGUGAUGCUAUUUUGUGAUCUAAUCGAAGCAGUACUUUUACAUGGCCUUAAAGAAAAAUUAUCAACAACCGUUUCAAAUGUUUUUAGUGCAAAAUCACGACCAAAAAAUUUGUUCUGUUUAGAUUUCUGGCCUAUAAUAAAGAUUUUAUCACACAAUGAAGAAUCAAAACAUUUAAAACGAUUGACACAGAUAUCAACUGAUGUUGGACGUUGUCGUGCCUGGAUUCGUCUUUCUCUUAAUGAAUGUUUACUACGUAGCUAUUUGGAUAGUCUAAUUUGUGAUUCAUCCUGUCUGAAUUCAUUCUAUCGUUCAUCAGCAUAUCUUCGUGAUUCACAACACACAGAUAUGAUGAAAAACUUAUUAUCUGAAUUAGAUCCUUAUAUUUUUCAUCUUAAUGCUGAUAACGUCACCCUAAACAUUUGGUCAUCUAGAACUUUGGAUUAUCUUGGUGUAAUGAUUCAGAAUGAAGAUUCAUUUAUGGUGGCAACAGCUUUGGAUGCUAUACAUUUGAUUAGUGAUAAUAAAAUCGAUAAACCGAAUAAAAGAAAAAACAAAUCACUGAAUAUUAAGGAAAAGGCGAUAAUUAAUAGUAACUUGGCAGAAUCAUCAUUUGAAAGCGAUGAACCAACGGAAGAUGGAUUCGAAUCAGACAGAAUCGCUCAAUCAUCGUUAGUUAAUAAUCAAAUGGUAAUAAAGAAUUCCGACACUAUCGAUAUACCGAUUCGAAAAAUUCAACAAAAUGAUGAAGAAGAAAUACCACAAAUCAAUGUACAAAAUGAUGAUAUGUUUCAAAAUGAACGUAAUGAUUUAUAUGCUGGCAAUUCGCUUUCCAUGAGAUCUGGCUGGAGCACACAACCGAUGAUACUUGAUGAAAGUUACAAUGCACUUCUCGAAAGCUAUUCAACACGUGCAGUAUUGUCCAGUACUCCAGAUAUUUCCGAAAUUAAAAACUCAAUCUUGACAAAUGCCAAUAAUACAGAUUGUACUUUAGGCACCUCAUUAUCGGAAAAUGAUUUCGAAAUUAUACCGAAAAAUUUGAUUGGCAAUGAUGAUACGGAAAAUAAGAAAUUUUUCGAACAAUCAAGCAAACUAUCACAUGAACAUGGAUUAGAUGAACAGGAUUAUAAAUGCCAUCAUUGUAGCCGUCCGAUCGGAAUGAUUUACGGAAAAUGUAUGCUAUGUCGUUUAGAUGGCCAUCUUUACUGUAUUGAUUGUCAUGGUUGCGAAGAAUCAUUGGUACCGGCACAAAUAAUCUACAAUUGGUGUUUUAAAAAAUUUCCUGUCGCUAAACAGAACAAAAAUCGUCUAAUGGUGAUCGAGAAUGAGCCUAUUUUUGAUCUAAAAAUUCUUAGCCCAAAUCUUUAUGCAGCCAUACCGGAGAUGAAAGAGAUUCUAAAUUUACGUACACAACUAUUCUUUUUACAUGCAUAUCUGUUCACAUGUCAAGAACAUAUAGCGUUGAAGAUGCGUAAAUUAGUCUGGCCUCGCGAACAUUUAUUUGAACAUAUACACCUGUAUUCAAUUAACGAUCUGCAACAAAUAUACAAUAAUGUUCUAGCCACAACACUACGACAAGUGAUUACAUUUGCAAAGAAACAUAUUGCUGGCUGUAAUCUAUGUAAACUAAAAGGAUUCUAUUGUGAGAUUUGCAAAAAUUCCGAAAUACUUUAUCCAUUUGAUACUGAUUCCACGAAACGUUGUGAUAAAUGUAAAAGUGUUUUCCAUAUCAAAUGUUAUGAUGAAAAAUAUGAUAAAAAUAAUUGUUCAAAAUGUUUACGUAUUGCAAAAAAACGUGGACAACAACAACAACAACAACAACAACUACAACAAUCAUCAUCUCCAUCAUCAUCAUCAUCAUCAUCAUUGGCCCAAACAACGGCAACAAGAACAUAACAAUUCUGCUAAUAUUGUAUACUUUUUGACUUAUAUUUGUUUGUCAACAAUUUACUUAAGCAUAAAUUAAUUUUUUUAUCUAUAAUUUUUGCCAUUCUUCUCAUCUCUUAAUGAUAAAAACUCCAUGUAAUUAUUAUCUCUGAACUAGUUUGUUUGAUAUAUUAUCAUUGUAAUAAUUAUUUAUAUAUUAUAAUAUGUUUCUUUGUUUGUUAUAA